AUGGGCAAAAAAGUAGUUAGUGAGCCAGAGGUUUAUAGAGUAGAUGAUCUUGUGGCCAUUGGUGAACUGGACCUUUGCGAUUUAGGCCCAUUUUGCAAAGCGAAGGGAAAGGGGAUAGUUAAUUACCCUGUGUCCACGUGGACAGAUGAUGAUCAGGUCUGCUUGGAAGCGACCUGCGAUGCCGAGAUAAUGCUUUGGAGAAGAACGAAAGAACUUUUCGGUUGCGCACCCCAAGAUUUAUUUCCACCUGGUAUUAAACAGGCUACUAAACACCGAGAAAGCCUCUAUUACAAGGAAGAAAAUUGGCGUAUCAAAAACAGCACAUUAUUGACCGAAGGCUUUUGCAAAUCUCUUAGUGAAAUUAUUCGUCUUCCCCCUUUUAUCGAAAACAAGGAGUAUAUAAGAUAUGCCUUGCUUACGGUUCUGAAAGCUAGAUGUGGUGACAAAACUCCCCAUUCAGCCUUCGAGGGCUGUGGGAUCCGGAACUAUUUUGAUAUUCAAUGGCAAAAGUUCAUGUCAAGAAGCAAAGAAGCUAAUAUUCAUAUCGAUGAGGGGGAUCAAGCGCAUCUAAAACCUAUUGUUUUCGAUAUCUGGGGAAAGCUUACGCUUCACUAUGAGUUUGUGGAUUUGGAAUAUUUCAAAAAGAUUGUGUUGUUAAAUCAUUCAAAGAAAACAAAAGAAAAUGGGGAUUGGAAUCACUUGUUGAACAGUGAUCUUGAGAAUAUCAUCGCUGCUUGGGUCCAAUGGAAUAAGAAGAUGGGCAUCAGCAUUGCUUUUGGGGCUGAGCCAAAUAAUUUGUGGAACACAAUAAAUCAGAGAGCCAAUUCUGUAUCAAAGAAUGAGGUCUUGAGAUGGAAGAAGGACUGGAUUCUUGCGAAAAGAGACCAAGAAAAUGAGGACGCGAAGAAUAAGGUAGAGGGAGAUUGGGACCAAGAGUUUGGAGAAUGGGCUGGAAUUGAAGAUAGCUCUUCAACGGAGUCUACUAAUAGUGACGAUAAUCCUUCCAAUAAAUUUCAAAAGCUCACUUCUGACAAAUCAAAUCGCCAAAUUACGGAUUCUGAAGCUGUUGACCAAUUUCUUGACAGCCUCCUAGAACCACCGUCGCCACCCUCUCCUCAAGAAAGCCAGAGAGCGACGAGCCAGAGCAAGAAAAGAAACCGGAGAGAAAUGGAAGUCGGGAAUCAUACCAUGGACCAGGAUGACAAGACGCCUGGAAUUGCAAGAAACCCGUCUAGUGAAUCCAGCAAAGUCCUUCCAUAUGUCUCUGUUCUCCCUCAUGAUAGCAGAUCCCACCACAAGUGGAUAGAUAAAAGCGGAGCAAUUGCCAAAAGAGAGGCUGAAGAAUUGCUAAAUGUGCACUUCAAGAUUCAGUUUCGGAAAAACGUGGAAUUUCAAAUCUGGCCCGAACUAGCAAAAGGGAAGGAUAUGACAGCAGGCUCCGAAGAAGGGAAGACCACGCUUGCUAGAGCCCAUGAUUUCGUACAAUUUUGGCUUUGGUACUAUAAAGGAAACGAUUGUAGUCCUGGGACCAAAAAGCCUUUACGGAAAUGUCUUGAGUGGUUCAAAACCCCGAAUAACAGCUCUUACUACAAUCAAUACCUCAAAGACCGAGCAGUCCAGAGUGUGUCAGAUACAUGA